AUGAGGGUGCCAAUAAUCAACGCGGCGGCUCUCCUGCUGUCAUCUGCAACACCUGUGUUGGCUCAGACAUUUUCCGACUGCAACCCUUUAGGCAAAACAUGCCCCCCCAAACCUGCAUAUGGCACAUCGGGUACCUUUGACUUCACCCAGGGUCAAGCAAAUGACUUUGCAGAUGUCGGAGGUCCCACAUAUGGUAGCGAUGGCGCCGAGUUCACAGUGGCCAAACAGGGCGAUGCCCCGUUAAUACAGUCUGGCUGGUACAUCAUGUUCGGACAUGUCGAGUUCGUGAUCAAGGCUGCCCCAGGGACGGGUAUCGUUAGCAGUGCUGUCCUACAGUCAGACGACUUGGACGAAAUUGAUUGGGAGUGGCUUGGGGGCAAUAAUGUCUUAGUCCAGUCUAACUACUUCGGAAAGGGAAAUACUGAUAGCUUCAACCGUGGCGCUACCCAUGAUAACGUGGGAAAUCACGACAAUUUCCAUACCUACACUAUCGAUUGGACCAGCGAACAGAUCGUUUGGCAAAUCGAUGGUAAGACCGUUCGGGUACUGACUCCGGAUACCGCGGCGACCAAUCAAUAUCCUCAAACGCCGAUGAUGGUUAAAGUUGGAGUUUGGGCUGGUGGUGAUCCAAACAACCCGCAGGGUACUAUUGACUGGGCGGGUGGCAAGACCGAUUACAAUGCUGGCCCCUACACGAUGUACUUGAAAUCACUCAAGGUGACCGACUAUUCAACCGGAACAGAGUACUCGUACGGUGAUCAGAGUGGGUCAUGGCAGUCAAUCAAGUCAACCGGUGGAAAGAUCAAUGGUAAUAUUGCCUCUGAGUCCAUCUCUUCUGUCGAAUCUGCCCCGGCCAUCACCUCCACCGUCGCUAGUAUCCCUAUCCCAUGGAGUGGAACGCACCGCCAAACUUCGAGUUUUGUGACCCCGAGUAUCUGGCCUUGGGUCCCUCGAGCCACUACGGCUACUCCAGGAGAGUCGAGGGGCCAGGGUCCUCUGCCAAGUGGCUGGACAUUUUCUGGCUCUCGACAAGUCCAGCCGCCCAGCGCGGCUUCAUCCUGUCACCUAUCUACAUUUGUAUCAUCGCGUUUGUCGCCGGGUUCAGUUUCCCUCUCUGGCACUAGAAGCACUGCAUGGACUCUCAGUUCGACGGGGCUUCUCACCAAUUCGCCAACGCAAACGCAAUUAGUUAGCUCCCCAGCCCAACCAGGCAGCACAUCGACUUACCCUACUUUCUCUUCGUCGCGUACAACCAUUACCUCAACAGAUACAGCCGUCACUUCCACGCAGCGAACUAUCUCUCCGACACGAUCAUUUAGCUCUUCAACAUUGACCAUGCCACUAUCGACUUCCACAGGCCCCACCACGACUGAUGCGAGCGACUCUAACGGUCCUGGGAAUGCCCCUGCCUCCACGACUACAGCCCAUAUUGCGCCUAAUGUAGGGGCUGCGACCACUAUGUUCGACGCUCCAUUAUCCAUGGUCGCUCUUUACGUGGUGGUCGCCAGUGCGCUGGUCCUGCUGUGA